UCAAAUUCGAUUCUAGAAUAUCCUCACCCCAUCUCUACGGCCUCCUUAUCCUAGCAUCAGAUACACAGAGCUCAAAAAUCUGAGAAUGAAACUAUAACACCGACCUGCGAGUGAGCAGCAAAGCAUAAAAUGAACCAUGAAUCUCCUCGUCAAUGCAAUGCACACCCUCCCCUCACUUUUCCUCCACACAACUUCCUUCCCUUCCUUUCAAUUUCACUCCCUCCAUUACCCAAUCAAAUCCACCACCAGACUUCCUCCUCGACGCCAAACCAUAACAUGCGCCUCCAACGGCGUCGUAUUCUCCGCUGCCUCCGAUAUCGACAUGGUCAAGAACAAGCAAGGCGUGUACGCGCCCAAGCAGAAAAAGGUUGUGGUCCUCUGGGACCUGGAUAACAAGCCCCCGUGCGGCCCGCCGUACGAGGCGGCUAUGGCGCUGAAACAGGUGGCCCAACGGUUCGGCGAAGUCAUCGACAUGUCGGCCUACGCUAACCGCCACGCGUUCAUCCACAUGCCGCAGUGGGUGGUGGAGGAACGGCGCGAGCGCAAGCAAUUGGACGUGUUGGAGCGCAAGGGCCUGGCCGUGCCCUCCGAGCCCUAUGUGUGCGGGGUAUGCGGCCGCAAGUGCAAGACCAAUCUCGACCUGAAGAAGCACUUCAAGCAGCUCCACGAGCGGGAGCGCCAGAAGAAGCUGAGCCGAAUGAGGUCGCUGAAGGGAAAGAAGCGGCAGCGUUUCAAGGAGCGGUUCAUAUCCGGAAACGAAAAGUACAACGAGGCGGCUCGGUCUUUACUCGCUCCGAAGGUCGGGUACGGGCUGGCCUCGGAGCUGAGGCGCGCCGGGGUGUUCGUGAAGACGGUGGAGGAUAAGCCUCAGGCGGCGGAUUGGGCGGUGAAGAGGCAAAUGGAGCACUCGAUGAGCCGAGGGGUGGAUUGGUUGUUUUUGGUGUCGGACGACUCAGAUUUCUCGGACAUGUUGAGGAGGGCGAGGGAGGCGAAUUUGGGGACGGUGGUGGUGGGAGAUUGGGACAGGGCGUUGGGGAGGCACGCGGAUCUUUGGGUGCCCUGGAUUCGGGUGCAGAAUGGGGAGGUGGCGGAGAAGGAUUUGGUGCUCAAGAGUGAAAGGCGGAGGGAGGAGGAGGAUGAGUUGUUUUCGGUUUCUAGUUUGGAUGGGAAUCUGGAUAGUGAGAGCGACUUGUUGGACGGUCUAGUGGAUGAGCUUGUUGCUGCGAGGACCGAGAUUAAUGAAGUGAGGAUUUCGGCUUUUUCUGAAGGGGAAGAGGAGGAAUGGGAUAGUGAGGAGGAGGAUGGAGAUUACUGAUGUAGCAAUGCAUUCUUUUAUGCAACCCCGAUGUUUUGCUUGAAUUCUUGGAGCAAUUACGAUGAGAUUGAAAGUGGAAGAACCUAAUAUGCAGUUCACUGUUUCCGAGAUGUACAAAGUUGAUAGAUUGGCUUUUCUAGAAAUGACCACAAUGUUCAUCAAAACUCCGAAAGUCGCAGCUUGUAGUGGUAAAAUUUGCAGAAACGGUAUUUGUCUGCUCCAGAACAUCCAAGUAGGUUCCCAUUGUUUGCGUAGAGUUAGCAAAAACUGGAAUUGAUUUCAUAAAUAUAUUAUAAUGAGAAUUGGUACGAUACUAUUCAGGACCA